AUGGCCCCAUCGCCCCUAGCCAUGGCCCCGUCGCCCCUGGCCAUGGCCCCUCACGAUCUGCCGCCCCUACCCGCGGCCCUGGUGCCCUGUUGCAACAUGGUGGGUGAGGGGGUGGCAAGAGGGGGUACCUCCUGCCCGCGUGCCCUACAGUCGCACGCGCAGCUCCGCCCCCGCCCCCCUCCCCCCCCUCCAUGGGGAUGGCGGGGAGAGGGUGUGAGGGGGUGGCGGAUGUGCCUCAGCUGCAGCAGUGGGGGGGAGGGUAUGGGGGUGGCGGGUGUGGCCAACCUGCUGUCGCCCGAGCGGCUCCUGCACCGCCCCUUCUCCUACCUCCCCCUGCUGCGGGUGCAGCAGUGGGGGGGGAGGGGAUCUGCGGCACCAGCCCCCCCCGCCCCCCCCCCUUUCUCCUCCAACCCUGCUGCGGGUGCAGCAGUGGGGGGGAGGGGAUCUGCAGCAGCAGUGGGGGGAGGGGAUUUGCAGCAUCAGCCCCCCCCCCCCCCCCGCCCUUUUCUCCUCUCUCUCUCCUUGCCGCACCCUGUGUUGGGAGGGGGGGGGGGAGCUUGGAGCCCUUGCUGCUGCCCUGCGCGCCCCGCGCACCCUGCAGCCCUGCUGCGCCCCGCGCGCCCUGCUGCCCUGCUGCCCUGUGCGCCCCGCGCGCCCUGCAGCCCUGUGCGCCCCGCGCACCCUGCUGCCCUGUGCGCCCCGUGA